AUGAUGCCAACACAGUACGGUCACCACAGCAUGCACGUAUGCUGGAAUGCUUCCGAUGCGAACAUUUCGGAACGGAUUGUUACAGUGACACCUGCACAGUGCCGAUUGGAGGAUACUGUUUAUUUCGUACUCUUUUGUUUUCUCUGUGUUAAUCUGUAUGAUCACGUACGUAGAAAGACGAAGCGUCGUUUACUUUUUCCAUUUUAG